AUGGUUUGUAAGAGGAUAAUCUGCGCAGUGUCUUCUGAUUCGGCAGCUGUACCGAAAAAAAAAACUGCGCGUCAAUUAGUGGACUGCAGGGAUCAUUUACAUCUGUAUCUCUGUAUCGUGGGAGUAGGAAAGCCACUCGCCAUCUUCGAUCAUGACCCUGGAAUGUCUCAGAUGAAUCAAAUCCACCAGGCUGGUUGGGGAAAGCCUAUGUUUCCAGAGCCAUCUACAAAACAUUGUCGGAAUGUUGCGCGAGUCAAGACAAGAUGCAAAUCUGGCGCUGCAACAGUUGCUAAUAAGGAUGCAAGCGACGGGAUGGAUAGAGUCAUCCUAUCAUACCAGAUCUUUGCCAGCUGUAAUGGAUACUGA